CAUUAAUUAUAUACGGACGAAAACUUAUAAGAUCUAAAGAAGUUUAAAGUAUUUGUUUAGAAAUUUUCAAGUUUCAAUUUUCACAAAUAUAAAACAUGAAAAGUUUUUAAAAAUAUGAUAAUUUUUUCACCAGGGAAAAGGGACAUAUUUCUCGUUUGCUGAAAGUUGAGAGCGUACUGAAUACUCCAUAUGUAUUUACCGCUCCUUCAUUAUCCUUGAUGUGUUUGUAUACAGAGAACAGAAUUUUAAUGGGCGUCGAGAGUACGAGUUUUCCUAUGUACGCGAUAUAAUGGAAAUAUCACUAUUUUCUAGAUGCAAAUAGUAUUGAAAAAAUUCUGCGGGUUUUUUUCUACAUGUAGAAAUUAUUAUUCGUAUCGUAAUCAUUACUUAAAUGGCUUCACCGCAAAGAUUCGUGUCCACGUUAAAGCAUCUGUCACCUCGGCCAUUGGAAAGUGCUAUAUCGAAUAUCAGAGUACGGCUAAGUCCAAAAACUCCAGAUAACAUUUAUCAAAAAAGGUCAAAAGAUGAAAAGCUUUUGUCACCGUUCAAUAUCGAUACUCCUAAUAGAGUCAGAUUACUCAGGGAUGGUCUACCGAGGAAGCAUCAUUCUGUGCUCGGAGUGGGUGCUUUCGGUAUCGUCUACAAAGUGCUUUACAAAGGAGACCAAGUGGCAGCCAAGAUAAUUCCACGCAAACAAAACGAUGAUGAAGUAAUAAACUCAGAGAAACAUGCGACUAUUCUGCGACACGCCAACAUUGUGAAAAUAUUGAACAUAGAACAGGGCAGUAGCUUAUCGCUGAUAACAAUGGAACUAUGUGGAAUGUCAUUGCAGGACAGGCUGCAGGAGUCGGUAUUAUCGAAAGAGGAGCGCAUUUCUAUUUGGAGAAACAUCGCUGGCGCACUUCAAUUCUGCCACGAUUCUGGCGUGAUACACGCAGACGUCAAAGCAACUAAUAUCCUGAUGGCAGCUAACGGUCAAGCCAAACUCACCGAUUUCGGUAGUUCUAUACUAGUCGACGAAUCGCACAUUUCGAUCAGGCCGCGAGGUACACCAGGCUAUGCAGCACCAGAAAUGCUUCGAGGAGAUGUACCUACAUUUGCCGCUGAUAUUUAUUCCUUAGGAAUAGUAGCCUGGCAAAUGUUGUCUCGAGAAGUCCCAUUCCAUGGAUUACAUAUCCAUACCAUCAUAUAUAUUUCUGUAAAAGGAACGCGUCCUGAAGAUGAAAUUCUGGACGAUGAGUUCAGUGGAAGAUAUAAGGAACUAUUCAGAGCUGCAUGGUCACAGGAUAUCAUAGACAGACCCCCGCUCAAUGAAAUAAUCAGUAGACUUGAUCUUUUGUAAUCGAUAGUUUAUUUCAAAAAUUGAGCUUAAGCUUAUAUAGAAUCUUACUUGCGAUAAGUAACUAGUUCAGUGCAUGGCCAUAAUCUUGUAAGGAUACAAAUAAAUUUUCCAUUGCGCUCAGGACAAUGGCCCAAAAUUCUUAUGUAUCUGGCAUCUCGCCACCCGGCACCAACUGUAACAGAAUAAAUAAAUUAAAAUUUUGAGUUUUGC